GAAAAUUGAAAGACCAACUGAUGGAUAUUUAAGUCCAGGGCAGCUGUCGUUCACUACCUUUCUUUGCCAACAGUGUCGUGGCAGCAGGUUUCACCUCCAUAGACAUACGUGUGUUACCGGCGCCAUGCGCUUUACAUUGCUGAUUUUGGCGGUCUUCAUGAUGUGCGGAUGGGGUAACAUCAACGGCCUCAAGAUCCCUUUCGAAGAUUUCAGAGAGCUGUCGCCCUCCGAAACCAACCUCUCGGGUAGCGAAGGAGACUACAUCGAACCAAAGGAAGCAAUCUCGAGCCGAUUCAUAAAGAACGACGAGGGCACUCAGUCGCAGAAGGCCAAUUGUGUGUGUGGCCGGCGCAAUACAGUCACCAGAAUUGUGGGAGGCCAGCAAACUACCGUACACGAGUAUCCUUGGCAGGUUGCACUCGUCUCCAAGUAUUCAAAUAGACCUUUCUGCGGUGGUUCCAUCAUCUCCGAUGUGUGGAUUCUUUCUGCAGGACACUGUGUAAAUAGUAACACUAAGAAAAAUGUCAGAGUCGUUAUUGGGGAACACAAAUGGGACUCAAGUUCUGAAACCUCCAUCACCAGCAGGCGUGCAUUAAGCCAGGUUCUUAGGCAUAAAUAUUACAGCUCCUCCACACUGAACCACGAUAUUAGUUUGCUGCGGCUUGCUGAUCCCAUCGUGUUCCCCAGUAAUAAUAAGAUUGCUCCAGUGUGCAUGCCGUCUGCAGAUCAUCUUUACGAAUCCGUGAAUGCCAUCGUCACCGGCUGGGGAACACUCUAUUCAGGAGGAUAUCAACCCACUACGCUUCAGGAAGUGACUGUACCCACCAUGAGCAACAGCCAGUGCAAAGCAACAUCCUAUUCCAGCAGUAGCAUUACUGAUAACAUGAUCUGCGCUGGUUUAUCACAGGGUGGCAAGGACUCCUGCCAGGGCGAUUCUGGUGGUCCUAUGGUGACUUACAGAAAUGGAGCAUAUGAACAGAUUGGUAUCGUAUCUUGGGGAUAUGGGUGUGCUUCUGCCAAUUACCCAGGAGUUUACACUCGAGUUAGCGUUUACGUCGGAAUUCUUAAACAGUUAAUGACAGGGACCAAUUCCUGCGGCCAAUGAAUGAUCUGUAUCUCAGCUUCUGGCGCUGGCUUAUGGCAAGAGUAAUCUACUCAACAAAGAAGUGUAAUACAACAUUAAAUGUAAUAAAUAUGUGUAAUGAAGAUGGAAAUCCAUGCAUAAUCCCCAAUAACUUAAGGCUCCACAUUUUCUUUUAAAUUAUUCUGUAGUUGCAGUUUUCAAAAGAAAACAGAAAUAGGGAAGCCAGGAAAAAAAAAAGAAGUUAAUUUAUUGUUUGAAACUUAUUGAUAUGCUUCUUUUUAAACAUUACAAGUCGUUAGCAUUAGAAAAUACUGAAACACAAAGCUGAUCCAGAGUUUCAAAGUGAAAGCAAUGAAAGAGUGGAGAUACUCUUGGGAGAGGACAUAUGAUGGUUUUGCUUAUACAGCAAAACCGCUGGAGGAUGGAAUGAUGCAAUUAGGAAGUUCAGAAGAACAGUAACUAUUACAGUAAUAUUAGAAAAAUGCAAGAGAUGCAACAAUGUCACGUUCAGUGAAAAGAAAAAUCACUGUUGAAAAAGAGGAAUUGAUGAAAAGAACUUUUGAAUCAACAAUUUUUUUAUGAAAGGAUUUAUGACUAAAUCCUACCUAUUAUGAGAGUACUACUUCAAAGGUAGAUGAAUAAGGCUCCUGUAUUACAAUCAACAACAGGGAAUGGGAAAGGAUUUGGCGGAGACGACACAAAACGUAACUUCAUGGAAACUGUGAAGAUAUGUGAAAUUUCAAAUUAAAACAUUUAACAAAGGAAAGACAAUGUAUACUGACAGCAGAAGUGAGAGGCAGUGAAGUCUCACAAAAGGAAAUGGAUUUGGAAAGUUAUCUUGAGUUGAUAUAUGAGGGAUGGAAGUCUUUGAAGCACUGAACAAGACAACGUUUGUUCUCUCCAUAUUCUUUCAUAUGUUCUAAAUGCUUAGUGAGAUAAUAGGUUCUACGUCUCGGAACCUUAGAUUGAGAUAUAAAUUAUAGAGAGGUGGGCCACAAAAGGUACUUGAGCUUUACAUUACAAGAAUCUCAGGCGCUUUAUAUUUCUGCCCGAAACCAUGCUAAGUCUGUCCUCCAAUUAUCCAAAAAACUCCUUCAUUAAUAGAAAGUGUCAAAAUCUUUCAAGAUCUAACUCGUGUCGUGACUUUGUCAUGUCACGUCGUCUCCAAAAAACUUUGUUUUUUCUACUCUCCCUUCUUUAUUUCAGCCAGAUGGCACAACUGCUAUCACAUCUAUCUGUAAAGCUGAACUCUUCGAGCAAACCUUUGCUAAAAAAUCUACCAUUGGCGAUUCAGGGCUUUUUCCCCCCUCCCCUCCAACCUCUGACUACUUCAUGCUACCUAUUAAAAUUCCUCACAAUGAUGCUUCCCAUAAUCUCGCUGGCUAAACCCUCGGAAGGCUUAUGUACCUCAUGGGGUCUCUCCUAUUUUGUGGUUCCUCCUGUUCUCCGAAUCUGUGCCUCCGUGCUUGCAUCAUCCUUAGUCAAAGUCUUCCAACUCUGUCAACAUCUACCUUUCCUUCUUGUUGGGAGUUUCCAUACAUACAGCCUGUUUCUUAAAAGGGUGCCCGUUCUAAUCCUUCAAACUACCGUCCUAUUCCUUUAAUUUCCUGCCUAUCUAAAGUUUUUAAUCUAUCCUAAACAGGAAGAUUCUUAAAUACCUAUCACUUUGCAACCUUUUACCAGAUCGGCAGUAUGGGUUCCGUCAAGACCGCUCUUUUGGUGAUUUGGCUAUCCUUACUGGGUCUUGAUCAUUCUCUUUUAAAGAUGUUCGUGAAACUUUUGCUAUUGACUUAGAUAUAUAUAAAAAAAAAAAAAAACUUGAUGUAGAGUGGCACAAAUCUUUGAUUUCUAAAUUACCCUCCUACAGGUUCUAUUCUUCUUUCUGUAACUUCAUUUCAAGUUUUUUUUUUUUAUUAGCGUUCUUUAGCUGCUGUGGUAGACGGUCACUGUUCUUCUAAUUUUAUUAACACUGGUGUUACUCAGGGUUCUGUCCAGUCACCCACUCUCUUCCUAUUGUUGUUCAAUGUUCUUCUAAACUUUUUGUCUUGUACAUUCAUACGCUGAUGAUACCACCCUGCACUUUUCCACAUCUUUUCGUAGAUGUCCAAUCCUUGAGGAAGAAAACAGUUCACGCAACGAAGCCACAGAACGCCUGACUUCUGUUCUUUCUAAAAUUUGUUAUUGGGGCUGGGCAAACUUGAUAUUGUUCAAUGCCUCAAAAACUCAAUUUCUUCAUCUAUCAGUUCGACACAACAUUCCAGACAACUAUUCCUUCUUCUUAAAUGACACUCUGUGAUCGUGAGGCGGUGAUGAGAAAUGCUAAGAAGUUACAAGGUGCAAAUAUCUUCCUCAAUGAUGAUCUCUGCGCAGCAUCACAGGCAAUCAAAAAUUCUCAAAUGCCCUUACUGAAGGAGGCCAAGGCGCAGGGGAAAAUAGCAUACUUUUGAUACACAAAAUUAAUAAUCAGAGAGAGGAAGACUGAGGGGGAGGCGCUGCUGGACGCGGACAACAACACCCAUGUGUGGAUGCUGCAGCCGUGGAGGAUUCCAGGACAGAUUCCAAGAUCGGAGUAAGGACUGAGGAUAGUUCCGGGGCCCUGGCCGGAGUGGUGGAUAGUGGCCGAGCCAGGUCGGGGCCUGGGGACACGAGCGCAGGGGACGUGGUUGCAGUGGAGGCGCAUGGAGCGUGCACGAGCCGAGGGGAGGAGGCCAACUGCUCGCUAUCCUCACCGCGCCUUAGCGACUCCCGUGGACGGGGGCCUCGUGAAAACGCAAACCUCUCAGGGAGCCCCGAAGAGGAACCAAGAAGUAAAGAUGAGUCCCAUAGUUAGAUAUACUAUGUAAAAGAACGAAGUAAAAUGGCUCAUAUAAACUUGCACCAAUUCUUAACAUAUUAUAAU